AUGGCAGACGUGCUGGCUAUUCCUGGGGUGCUAGACCCAUGGAUGGCAUACCCGAAGGAGUAUACUUACUCUUCGGCAUUUGGCGAUUAUGAUAAACAGCUUUCCUCCUCCCCUACCGACUGGUAUUCGAUCUUUUGCCCCUCCACAUCAACUUCCUCUCUGAACUUUCAAUUGCUACAUCACCCUCCAACAAUCCAAACACAACGUCGUCCGCGAAAGCUUGCUAAAACCAUGAUGAAUCGCAAUAGUUUGCCAGGAAACUCGAUACCUCUUGCGGAGGACAAGCGCUACAUGCCUCUCCAUGUGGAAGAUCCUCACAUGGCUGUGUAUUCGCAGGGCGCGUCUCCUUUCACGACUCGGCUAGACCUCAACAGUGCGAAUUCAAGCAACGGAAGCACUUACUGUGAAUCUGAUCUUGAAUCACUUGAGCACUUUGACGAGCCAUUCACCACACGCAAUGUUGAAACACACACUGGGCUUGCUCACCCAGCACCACAGGGCAAAAUGUUCACAAUGGCUAGCAAUUCCUUCCUUUUGGGCACUGGGGAAACACCUCCUCUUUCCUCCUUUGAAAUCCCAGAUGUCAAAAUGGACGAGCAGGCUUUUUCCACCACCCAAUUCAACUGCCAGAACCCGACUCUCGCCAACUACCCCACGGGAAGACAGGUCGAUCCCCACUCAUCCAUCACUCCUCAGGACACAAAGCCGCUGAACUAUGGUGGAAGUAUCCAAUGGCUUAUCUCUCAACCACCCAGCACAACUGAGGCUUGGUAUCCCACGCCUGACCUCACUAGCCCACCAGAAGACAGCUGGCAUACACAGGAUGGUUACAAUUUACCUUGGCCGGCCACCAAUACAUACAACUACCCAGCCGAAUACAAUGAACCCGAGCCAAGGAAUGGACUGCCCAUGGAGGCUUUUGGGCCUGCGCCUCUGUCUUUGGGCCCGAAUAGUCCCAUAGGCUACAUUUCCCAUUUGCAAGAUUCUGGACCCUACCAAAUCACCAAUGGUCCCGAGUAUCAACCUGGACUGCAUCGAGACGCUCCAACACAGCCACCUGUCUCCGACACAGAAUACGAAUCCCCGGACCAGAACCCAGCAAGCAGCUUCAGUCCAUCCUUCUCCGUCUCAACCACCGAAGGACGGUCCCGCCAGCAGAGCGAAGAAGAACAAGGCGGGACCGAAGCUACGGUGCAGGACAUUUAUGAGAGAAAUGCAUUUCUCAUAGACUGCAAGAGCCGAGGGCUAUCAUACAAGGAAAUCAAGCGAUUGGGCGGGUUCAAGGAGGCGGAGUCUACGCUACGAGGCCGAUACCGCACUCUCACCAAGUCGAAAGACCAGCGAGUGCGAAAGCCCGCAUGGCAUGAUCGAGAUAUGCGACUCCUUUGCCAAGCUGUCGCAAUUCACGCAGAGCGCCAUGACACUUACAACUCGCUGCCCAAUUCCGGGUUGACCGUGAACGAGCCACCAAAGGUAUCAUGGAAGAAGGUUUCUGAUCACAUAUGGGCGAAUGGGGGAUCCUACCAUUUUGGCAAUGCCACAUGCAAGAAGAAGUGGUGCGAGAUUCACGACAUCACCAUCUGA